GCCGCGUCUGUCAAAUCGCCGCCAAUCGUGGCUGCAGUCAAGUCAGUGCCUCUGCCACCCGUCACCCGCGCCCGGAUUGGUGUCAAAACGGUGUUCCGUCCGCCACCACCAGCACCAAUAGUCCAACAGGUUGUCCAACAGCCACUUCAUAUAGAGCAACACGAAUUGGUAGGAGUACCGGAGCCCUAUAACUUCAACUUCGAGCACAAGGAUGACAGUGGAAAUGGACAGUAUAGACGAGAAUCUGGUGAUACCGCUGGUGUGGUUCGUGGAUCUUAUGGAUACACCGAUGCCUACGGUUUAUACAGAAUUGUCGAUUACGUGGCCGAUAAGGACGGCUUCAGAGCGAGUAUCCGCACCAAUGAGCCAGGUCUGAAUGAGCCGCAUCCAGUGUCAGGUUCAGUGCCAAAC